UGUGGCUGUGAGGUACAUCAUAAAGUUCAGAGAGCUCCAGAAAGAAACCAAUAGGAAGUCUCUGCUAUUGGUUCAAGUCUCUACAAAAUGACUUCUCGAAUUCAGUCAGACCAUCAGACGGUGCAGCAACGGCCUAAAAGACACACUUCAACUCCUGGUGCCUCACUGUGGCCAGGCCAUGGACAACGCCAUCUUAACAGCGCUCCUCGUCUCCGGUGUGCUGAGGGUAAUUGUGCUGAUUGUGGUGACAGAGAGCAAGACGUGGGAGGGGGCUUUGGAGUACUGCAGGGAGCAGCACACGGACCUGGCCAGCCUGCUGUCCGCUACGGAGCUACUUCAGGCCCAGGCGGAGAGCACGGAGGCCCAGACCACCACGUCCUACCUGUGGACCGGCCUGGUUUACCUGGCUGACAGCUGGCUGUGGGUGAAUGGGGAUCCCCUGGAGUAUGAGGGCUGGCCCCAGGGUGGAGCGCAUCUUUGCCCAGCCUGGAACCUCCGCUGUGGGGCAAUUGGACUGACGGGACUGUGGGAGAACCGGGACUGCCAGGAGAGGCUCAGCUUCAUCUGUUACUAGUGACUAUUUUUAGGGUGGAUGAAGAUGUCAGACUCCCAGGGUCGAUCGUAAAUCUAAGGGGUUUCCACUCCUGGAAUUGGUCCAG